UGGAUAACAUGCCGGUCACCUGGUGUUAUGAUGUUGAAGAUGGACAGAAGUUCUGUAAUCCUGGGUUCCCAAUAGGCUGUUUUGUUACAGAAGUUGGUCAGCCUAAAGACGCAUGUGUGGUCAAUUCUAACUUUAAUAAAAGGAAUUCUUUUUACAUCUUUAACCACGUGGACAUCACCAUCUAUUACCAUAUUGUGGAGCAUGAGCAACUCGGGGCACGAUUGGUUGCUGCCAAGAUUGAACCCAAAAGCUAUGAACACCCUAACGAUCAAAGCCCUGAUUGCUCUGGGGGCCCAAAGUUCCUGAAAAACAAACUCACAGGGAUGUUCAAGAUCACUUACACCUACUCUGUUAACUUUGUGGAAGACAAGACUAUUCGCUGGGCAUCUCGAUGGGACUACAUCCUGGAGUCAAUGCCUCACACUAACAUCCAGUGGUUCAGCAUAAUGAACUCCUUGGUUAUUGUGUUGUUCCUGUCUGGAAUGGUGGCCAUGAUCAUGUUGAGGACUCUCCAUAAAGAUAUCGCCAGAUAUAAUCAGAUGGACUCUGUGGAAGAUGCUCAGGAGGAGUUUGGGUGGAAGCUAGUUCAUGGAGAUGUUUUUCGACCUCCCAGGAAGGGGAUGCUGCUAUCAGUUUUCCUCGGCUCUGGAACCCAGAUCUUCAUUAUGACCUUUGUCACACUUUGUAUGUCUUUGCUACUCCAUCUCCUGAAGGACGUGCUGGCUUUGGAUGACUUACCGCUGGUGGACCGCGCUCAUAGAGCUCUACGAAGGCGCCCAGACGACACAGGACCUCCUCGGGCGUUGGUGAAGAUCUGCAUCUUUCCCGACUUCACCCCCGAUGUGGCGAGACGCAGAGCUGCUUUUAACGGUGUUAGAGCACUUCUUCGGGACAAGCCAGGAGUGCGGUAUGGACUUUUAUAUCCCGCAAAGCUGAGAGUGACUUUCAGAGGAACAGAAUCAAUGUUCACGGAUGCGAAAGAAGCCCAGAGGUUCGCGGAGCAACACUUCGGCACGGGUGGAGAUGAUGCAGGCGUCCCCGCGGCGGACACCUGA